AUGCAUCAUUCUAUCGGGAUUUGCGGCGGCAAGAACGCCGGCACUUUGGGUGGCUAUAUGGAGCUACGACAUCAUGGCGGCACUCAUCGUGGGCUCCUGACAAACUAUCAUGUCGUUAGGCCUUCACCCCUCCAUCAAUUAGUCGAAGUCAUCGAUCCUCAUGACAUUUCCCCUCGUUCGCCUGUCGCCUAUCAAAGGGCAAUCGGUAUAGAGUCGUUGGCUAGAAAGGACCGGGACUUUGCACUAGUCAAUAUUGACUCUCAACUCGACAGCCUCGACUCACGGAAGGCUAGCCUCACAUCUUCUAUCCAGAAUCGGCUGCUGUUGGGAGAAUGCACGUGGUGCCUCUCCCAUCGGCAGCUGGAAAUCUUGGAAACCUGCAAAUUUAGUCUCAUCGCAACACGAGAAGUCAUGAAACCAAUGCCACACGUUCUAGGCGAAGUCCUUUUCGCAUCGGGGCUCUUAAUUCAUGGUAAACGACUCCUGGGUUUGGCGUUCAUCAAGCUCACACCAGAAGCCGAGGAAGGAUACUUUCGAGCCAAUCGGAUGCCAGAAAUUCCGCGUAACCAAAAGCCAAGCAGUCGUUCCUCUGAUCAAUUUGCGAGAAUUUUCCUUCCAGCCGACAGCCCUAUCAUGGAGAAAGGCGGCACCGCUGAUGUGAUAGGUGGAGUGUGCAACGGUGUGAAGGCUGUCUGCAACUGGGCUAGUCAACUUCGGCACGAUAUUGGCGGCAAUGGCGUUGACAUGAAAAGUCAUCAAACCGAGGAAUACGUUAUUAUUGUUGUCAAUGGUCCAUUUGAUGAGAAAGAUGACUCCGGAUCAUUCGUGCUAGACGAACACGGAGCUGUUGCGGGCCUGUUAUUCGCGGAUGUUUGGGACGGGUGCAGCCUUGUUGCGGUAGCCUUGACUAUGCCUGAUAUCAUAGAUUCCAUGAAGCCGAGACUUGAUGACUCGGUAUCUCUACACCUUCCUUAA